GGCUCGAAACAAUUUAAAACAUCCAAAAUAAGUUUCUGCAAAUUCUCAGCAACUUUCGUGACCACCCAAAAUAUGUCACUAAAAGCCUGUAACGUCUGUUGCUAAAAACCCAGAAUUGCACCCUCACGAAAAAUCAUCAAAUCAGUCGAUCUAACUCAAAGGGAUCGAGUUCCCUUACCUCUAGAACGUGCCUAGGGCUAGAUUGGAUGGCUCGGGACUUGAUCUCCUCGUCGAUCGAGUUCCCUUACCUCUAGAAUGUGCCUAGGGCUAGAUUCGGAUUAGACUAUCGAUGAAUCGAGAUUCGAAAUCGUGAACGGGUUCGUGAUCCUUACCUAGAAACACGAAAGAGAUGAGAUCGUGGUCGGAACCGGCAUUGGGCUUCUUCUUUUCUCCUCGCGCCGGGGAAAUUCACCUUGCGCUAGGGACUCGGAUUGGCGGCGGGGUUUGAGAGGCAGGGGGUGGGUUGCUUGCAGGGGAGGAUGGGUUUUUUAAUUUUAUUUUUAGAGAGUUGGGGGAAGUGAGGGGCUGCUCGGCCCCUUUAUAUGGCCGAGUAGUUUUAAUUUUAUAUAAUAAUAAUAGUUAUUAUCAUUCAUAAUCUGCGGUUGCAACCCUUCGUACGUAACCGUUAAUCCAACCAUUCACGUAAGGUCGAGCCUAAAUUCAAAGGUCGGAGUGUUACACAACCUGUUGAGUUGUACCCAUGAACAAAGGAGAGAUGUCAUAGCAUACCCUCCACAACUUGCUCCUACCCGUCCAUCUUUCCUUGGUGGUGAGAGCAUUGUGCCCCCAUUUGUGCCCCCACGUAGGAGCAAAAAGAGGGCUCAGCCAACAAUUGAAGAACUUCGUCCGACUGAAGCUACACGCCUUCUCGAAACCCUUCCAUACGAGUGGACAACUACGGUGUAGGGUCGUCGACCUAUGCCCCAUCUCAGGCUGGAGGGUCCUCGACCUAUGCGCCAUCUAAGGAGGGAGACAUGUUUCCCCAAGGGUUCCCAAAAUUCUACCAUCAGCACCGGACUCCGGUGUACCCGACCCCACAAGCUCAGUCUCAUGCAUCGAGCUACUACUAGUCUACUGGUCCAUCUCAGACACCUCUACCUCCACCACCGUGUAUACUCCGAUGGGGUCGGGUUAAGAGGAAUCCGUGAGCAGUUGUCCAACAAGCUCACGAAGAAGGAGGAAAAAGGGGUCGAGGACGUUGUGGAGGACGAGGAAGAGGGAGAGAUGGGGAACAAAAUGAAGGCGAGAAGUGAACUAUCUAUUUUGUCUUGGUUUUUUUGGUCUUGUAGUUAGGUCUUGUGUUUUCAAUGAACUAUCCAUGUUGUCUUAAUGUAGUCUGAUAUUGUGUUUUCCAUUGAUCAUAAUUCCAUCUUCAUUACAAUCACUCAACAAGAUUAAACUAAAUGCCCAACUUAAACAUCAUUACAACUUAACAACAAUGUUGAAAAACAAAAGCCUUAAACUUGGUCCAGAUUUAUACCUGAACCUUGUUGGAGAGAUGGACCUGGGCAAUGCCUCUUGUCAUGUCCAGGCUGUCUGCACUUAAAGCAACAUUUCGGACCUCGCUACAGUCGUUAUGAUUGAUCCAUCUCGUUGUGAAUCCUUUCACUCCUAGGACGGCCCUUGGUAAACGUUAGGUGCAACGGUGGGAUAAUUAAUUUCCCAUUGUCUACAGACCAAUAAGCUUCAUCUGGAAGUGGGCUAAAAUUGGACGAGUAAGAGUUCCUGAUCUCCUGUUCGGUGAAGUAAGGACUCACCAGACCGUAAGGGCUGAUGGUUAUUGACUUAGCUACUGAUAUUGCAUGAGAACAAGGUACUCGUAUGUUUUUACACUUUUGGCAUGUACACUCCCCGGUACAAGUUUCUAUGUGUAGAGUAACGGAUUGAUGAUUGUGCCCACAUCUUCAUUCACCCAUAUACAUGUCUCGAAAGCAAAAACACAUUCACUAUGGUUGAAAAGAACAACUAUAUGUUUACUUAAUUUUUCUUCUUUCUUCUGCAUUUUAUCAAAGACGUGACGUGCUAUCGCAUGUCCAACAUACUCCCUCCAUAUAGCUUCUUGAAGUCUCUGCACAAACCACUCGUUGACCUUCCAGUAUGACAUCUCCACUAUGACAGAAACAUACAUCACCCUAAGGCCGUUGUACACUCCAUUUAUACUUUCGUAUGGUUGGUAGUUGAAAUGCCGAAUCUAGCCUCGUUGUCCAUAUGGAGUAUCCACAUGUGCAAAUCUUGACCUUUAGCCCAUACUGCCCCCGCCUGGUGUAUCUGACGGUUCGUCUUCAUCUUAUGCUCGUACUUUUUUGGUUGAUGUGAACGCUUCAAGGUGAAAAAAAUAACUGGUCAAUACAUGAGAAAUUUCAUCUGAACAUUGAGUAAUUAACUCACUUAGGUAUGAUUCCCCUAGCUCCUCAAUUAGGUCCAAGCUUGAUUGUCAAGCUUGGACACCAAUUGCUUCUUCAACUCCCCCUUCCUUCCUCAAAAUUUGAUUCCUCCCCUGGGAAAAGAUCAAGAACUUCCUCUACUUCACUUCUGUCAUCCUCCACAACUUCUUUCCUCGUCCUUUCUCGCUCUUCUUCUUUCAGCACGGAGUGGAGAGCAAGUCGCCAAGCAAUUUCUUUAAUGAGAUCAUCUUGCAUAUCCUCACACAUGCCCACCUCUUCAAAGCUCUGUGUGAGAUGUGGAAAGGUGUGGUUGGCUACAACACGACAUUCCUGAUCAUGAUCAUCACGAGAGCUCUUCGUGACAACUUCUGUCUGCUCCACAAUGGUUGUGGAUACCCCCAAUGGUUGGAGAAGCCAUGAGGAUCCAUGAUUCAGAUCCGCACAAACAAAAACACCCAAGUGAAAACCAAGGGUGGAAAAAAAAAUGCUAAAGUAACAAACUUAUGCCUUUUCUAAUAAUCUAGAAAUUCCCCGGCAACGGCGCCAAAAACUUGACACACUACGACACAACUCCGAACAAUGGCUAAGUGAACUAAUGAAAGGGACUGCAGUAUAGUGGCACAAUAAUAAAUAUCGAAUCCACGG